GAUUGGCAUGACGCGCCACUCCAAGAACUGCACCGCUCACACUGUCUACACUUAUCACGAACGUCAAAAGGACGCGCAACGAUCAGGCUAUGGCACGCAAACUGUCCGCUUAGGAAAAGACUCUAUUGCUGGGUUCGAUUGCUGUUGCCUGUCACUUCAGCCUACCCAAGACCCAGUUGUUACUCCAGAUGGGUUUCUGUAUGAUCGUGCGGCGGUCUUAGAGUAUUUGGUCAAUCAGAAAGCAGAAAUCCAACGGAAGCUUAAUCUUUAUGAAAAGCAAAAGGCCCGUGAAGCCAAUGAAACCAAAAUGCGAAUAAAAGCAGAGCGCGAGGAAGAAGCUCGUCGUUUCCUUUCACUGAAUACCUUGGAUACUCAUGCCAAGGCUUCAGCACAAGCUGCCGAGGUAGAGGCGUUAGCGUCCGUGUCCAGUCACAACAGUUCAGCACCAAAACCGGCCAGCUUUUGGACACCGGGUGUGUCCCAAAGAACCGAGAAAGAGACGAAAUUGGUUAAACCAGAUACUACGGUGCGUUGUCCAAUGAGCGGUAAACCCCUGCGUUACAAGGAUCUUACGUCUGUUAAAUUUACAAGGAGCGAAGAUGAUACACCCAAUGGGAAAUCCUCCCAAGGCGUCCGGUAUUGUUGCGCUGUCUCCAAAGACCCUUUGACCAACGCUACUGCAUGUGUUGUUCUCAAAACCUCGGGUGCUGUUGUCACCAAGGAAGUGGUCGAUACUGUCAUUAAAAAGGAAAUGAUUGACCCUAUGAACGGUCAACAGAUGAAGCCAUCAGACUUUAUAGAACUCCAACGUGGUUCUCUUGGCUUCGCCGAUGAACGAGCCAUUCUAACAGCUAAGCGGCAACGCCCUUCCAUGCACACUUAGUGAUUGUAUUAUAUUGUACAAUAUACUCAAAAUCCCUACAAGUCGUUUCCUUCUGCAUAUUUUGUUUGCUCGAGUAGCAGUUGGCUGAAAUACAUAUUUUUUUCUCUUGGAAGUUAUUCGCCAUGUUCUCAUCUGGAUUACACUCCUGUCUGGUUAGCAAUGCCGCUGAUUUACCUGUUUUCACGGUGAACGCCGAUCAGAUACGCAUUCUUCUUACACCUCAGGAUUUGUAUGACACUCUCUUGGUCAAUGCUAUCAAGGACGCUGUGCGUGAACGACAAGUCAGAGUACUUCUGUUACUGGACGCUUCACGUGGCCUCCGGUGUUCUUCUAUUACGCAGCACUAUGCGGGCGUAAAUCAGACUGGUCCAAACGAAUCAUCGUCAUUUCGAUCUUCGUGCGAACUUUUGGCUCCGCUGACUAAACUUGAAGGUGUAACCGUGGCCCUUUAUCACAACCCCGAUCUUCGUGGAUGGCUCUACUCCCUUUUACCCGACCGACUCAAUGAAGUUAUUGGGGUUCAACAUAUCAAAGCCUAUGUGAUUGACGACUCUGUUUUGGUAACAGGGGCAAACUUAAGCCACGAAUACUUCACGGCAAGACAAGAUCGUGCUUGGAUAUUCCAGCGUUGCCCCGCGCUGUCUGACUUUUAUUCUGGCCUUAUUGAACUGAUCAGCAAGUUUUGCUAUCGGCUCCAACCACAGGGUACUUUAGCAACCUCAGUGGACACCAAUCCAAUGAAAGACCCGAUCACUAAAUUCAAAAACGAUUUCCGUUUGGUGAUCACUGACUAUUUGGAAAGGGUCCGGUGCCUCCAGCCGAUGGAUAUACCCACCGCAGAUACCAUAGUGGUGCCUCUUGUACAAUGUGGUCCCUAUGAUAUUCGAAUCGAUGAGAACUUCACCACACGAUUGUUCCAGUCAUUAACUUCAGAUCAGCACAAUGCAUAUCACAUCUCUCUGGCUUCUGGAUAUUUUAGUUUGACGAAGUCGUAUGAAGAGCUACUUGUUAACUUUGCCAGAGUUCAUCAUCAGUCUCGUUUGGAGUUGCUGUGUGCAUCGCCAAUGGCCAAUGGAUUUCUUCGAUCCCGGGGCGUUUCCGGUUUUAUCCCUAUGGCAUAUCGAGAAUCCCUUAUUAAGCUUUCUUCCAGAUUCAGCAUCCUGGACAAGCUGAAAACUGUCAAUCCACCAAUCUUUUGGGAAUACUAUCGUCCCAAUUGGACUUUCCAUGCUAAGGGGCUAUGGGUGGAACAGAAACCCUUGAUAACGUCGUCAGCACCAUCCUCACCGCCGUCCCUAUUAACACUAAUUGGGUCCUCAAAUUUCAGUUAUCGGUCCCUCAAUCGAGACCUGGAGAGCCAGUUAGUUGUGUGGACGAAGAACGCCGAACUGCCUCACCUGCUUCAUAUUUUGCGCCCAGCCGGUCCAUACUACCCUUGUCAUGCUAAUCGCCACUGGAAGCGAAAGUCAAAACCGGACAACCAAAACCGCAACCUUGAACAGACUCAAACAACAUGGUCCACGUCUCUUUACCGAGGAACUCUCACCUAUGUACCCUACUAUUGCAGCAUUGCGCUGAAAACUCCGGAGGCCGCUUGCAAAAUGCUGACAGACGCCCGAGCUUGA